UUGUGCACUGCUGAUCCUUACAUUACUUUCUUUUACCUCUAGAUUAUUAAUUUAUAGGGUUUUUAUCACUUAUGCUAUUUUAUAUUACCAGAAAAAGUUGACUGCAUUCCAUACCUUUUUGUUAAUAUUUGUAAUGCUUGAGGUGUCUGACAGGAGUACUUUGUUUGAUGGUGACAGAAUGCUGACCUGACAAACAACAUAGAGGAAGUCUUCUGCCGACUACCUCUUCCAUAUGUCAAUGAAGAAUUCAAUAUUGAUUCAACCAUUAGGAAUUUCACGGCGAUUGUUUGUAAACCGCCCUCGUACACACAUAUCAGGCGCAAUGUAUAUUUAGUCAAGAAGAAACGCGCCGAUUCAAGUGCCGAGACUGGGUGCACAAAUUGCAAAUCUGAUUCUGUUUGCAAAGAUGAUUGCGAAUGCAGGGGUCUUUCUAUGAGUUGUUCCAAGAGUUGCCACUGCUCAGAUCUGUGUAGCAACAAACCAUUCCGCAAGGAUAAGAAAAUUAAAAUUGUCAAGUCAGAAGGCUGUGGAUGGGGUGCUGUUGCAUUGGAGCCAUUGGAGAAAGGUGAUUUCAUAAUUGAGUAUGUGGGUGAAGUCAUCAAUGACGCAACAUGUGAACAACGGCUUUGGGACAUGAAGCGGCGCGGGGACAAAAAUUUCUACAUGUGUGAAAUCAGCAAAGAUUUUACAAUAGAUGCAACUUUUAAAGGAAACACUUCACGUUUUCUAAACCAUAGCUGUGAUCCCAACUGUAAACUAGAAAAGUGGCAAGUUGAGGGUGAGACAAGAGUCGGUGUUUUUGCCUCUCGUUUCAUUGAAGUUGGAGAGCCCUUAACUUAUGAUUACAGGUUUGUGCAUUUUGGAGAGAAGGUUAAGUGCCAUUGCGGAGCAAAGAGUUGCCAAGGAUACUUGGGCAGCCAACUAAAGAAUCCAACACAGAACGCUCUUGCGGCUGCGGCGCUUGAGAAUAAUAAGUUGCUCGUGCAACAGGGCGGCUGCUCUCCUUCAAGGGUCAAAACAGAGACUCGCCUGUUACCCUGGACCAACUGUAUAGAGGUUCCCUUUAACUUGAGGAGCAAAACGAAGAUAGACCGGAUAUGUUGGGGACACAAACGGCAGCGGACGUCCCUUUUAGAUCCAUCGUCAUCUUCAGCUAGCGUGCAGCCAUCAGAUAUUGAAGCUGGUGCAUUCAUUCUAUAGAGAGCUUUUGGGCUAAGCUGAAGUCCUGAGUCGAUUCUGUAUAAAUAUAUCAUGAUGAUACACUCGUAUAUGAGUUCAUUUGAAACGAUUCUUUCACAUUUGCUGAUUCAGGACUUUUACGAUGUUGUAAGUUGUAACAUUUUCUUCAUCCCAUAGUCAAUUUUAUAGUUGAAGUUGGAGAGAACACUCUGAAUCUUUUGCAAGUUGUAAGCAGGUUUGAGCUGAUUGUGUUUAUUAACCUCCCGUUCAUGCAAA